GUAUGUUAUUUCCCCUAUAAUAAUGUCCUUUUCCAUAGAUCACCAAAAUAACCAUCUCUCUAGUUUGUCUCUUUCUCUCUCUAAGAUGAAUAUGGACAGAGGAAGAGUCAAGCUCAGUAACGCCAUUUUCUUGUUCUUAUUACUCUCAUGUUUUUCUGUAAAAUCAGUGUUGUCUGAGAAAGCCAAAGAGAAUCCCUUUACAGCAAAGGCUUCAACCAUUCGUUACUGGAAAAAGCACGUGUCUGCAAACACCCGCCGUCAAAUACCUCCGUUUCUACUAUCCAAAGCCUCGCCGCUCUCCGCCGUGGAAUCUGCAUUCUUCACCAAACUCGCGGCGGAGAAGGCCCUCUCCUCCCACCUCCCCGCCUUCUGCUCCGCGGCGGACUUGUUCUGCCUGCUCGACUCCAGACCGCCGGCGGCCGUCCUCGACAGCCACCGCACCGACGCCGACUUCUCAUUCUACGCGAACAAGCAGUUCGCCAACUACGGCACCGCCCGGCUCGGCGGCGCCGACCAGUUCAAGAACUACUCCGACGGCCUCAACUUCGCCGCGGGAUCCUUCUCCCGGUACAGCCGCGACUCCACCGGCCACCGCGAGGGUUUCACCGGGUACGCCGCCGACGGCAACGUCGCCAGCUCGAACUUCACCUCGUACGCCACCGGCGCCACCGGCGGCUCCGGCGAAUUCAAGACCUACAUGCCGCGGGUGAACGUCCCGGAUCUCCGCUUCAACUCGUACGACUCGGACGGGAACGGCCACAAACUCGCGUUCGGCAGCUACUCCGACAACACAAACUCCGGCAGCCAAUCGUUCUCCGGCUACGGCAAGAACGGCAACGGCGCCCCCGCCGAGUUCGCCAGCUACGGCGACACGUCCAACGUCGUCGGGUCGAAAUUCACCGGCUACGGGGAACUCGGCAAUGCCGCGAACGACUCGUUCAAGGGUUACACGACGAACGCCAACAACCCUAACAAUAAUUUCAAGAAUUACGGCUCCGGCGGAAACGGCGGCGUUGAUACAUUUAGUAGCUACCGUGAUUCGGCCAAUGCCGGCACCGAUUCAUUUCAAUCGUACGCUCGGACGUCGAAUUCGGCCAAGACGAAUUUCGCAAAUUACGGGAAGUCGUUUAAUGUAGGAUUCGAUGCGUUUAAGGAGUACGCUCAAAAGGGUGCAAUGGACCAAGCGAUAGGGUUCAAAAUUUACGGCUUCAACAACUCGUUCAAAGAGUACGCUCAAAAGGGCAUCACGUUCGCCGGCUACAAGAAACCAACCGAAUCAACGAAACCCGAUGGCAAAACCGUAAAUAACGGCGUUGAGGAGGGUAAAUUCUUUAGGGAAAGCAUGCUUAAAGAAGGGACGAUUAUGAGGAUGCCCGAUAUUAAGGACCGGAUGCCUAAAAGGUCGUUUUUGCCCCGGACAAUCUCUUCGAAGUUACCGUUUUCAACAAACGAACUAAUCGAGCUCAAACGAACUUUCCGUGCGGACGAGGGCUCCGCGAUGGAGCGCGUGGUGGUCAAGGCACUAUCUGAGUGCGAGCGGAACCCUAGUCCCGGCGAGACCAAGAGGUGCGUGGGGUCCGCGGAGGACAUGAUCGACUUCGCGGUGUCGGUUCUCGGGCGGGAGGUGGCGGUGAGGACCACCGAGGGGGUGGCGGGGUCCGGCGGAGAUGUGGCGAUCGGGAAGGUGGAGGGGAUCAACGGUGGAGAUUUAACUAGGGCGGUGUCUUGCCACCAAAGCCUGUACCCGCACCUACUGUAUUACUGCCACUCUGUGCCCAAAGUGAGGGUUUAUGAGGCGAAUAUUCUUGAUGAGGAAUCGAGGGUCAAGAUUAACCGAGGGGUUGCCAUCUGUCAUGUUGAUACGUCCACGUGGAGUCCACGUCACGGUGCUUUCGUGGCGUUGGGGUCUGAGCCGGGGCUUAUUGAGGUUUGCCAUUGGAUCUUUGAGAAUGACAUGACGUGGACUCGUGCUGACUGUUGAUUAUUGGUCCACACAUUCUUAUAUGUUUAUUUGAUGAUAUUUUCGGAAAUGUUUAAUUUCGAUUGGAAAAUUGUGUUGAAAAUUUUAGUUUUUUUUUUUUUUUUUUGGAUAACUUUUUAUGAUUCGUUAACACCGCAAGUUUAAUUUGUCUGCAUAAUUAAAUAGGGGCAAUUUCGCAAUUUGAAAUAUUAAAUAUCGUUUUAAUUUUAU